AGCUAUUCUAGAGGUUCUCUGGCAGGCUCGUACGCCUAGCAAUACACGCGAGCUUGAAGCUCAAUCCACGUUAAUACGUGAUCGCGUUCAGCGGCAUCAAGGCUCAUCGCCAACUUCGAUUAUUAUGGCAAUUAAUUAGCUUAAGAAGGGGGCUGAGGUAAUAAUGCUCUCGGCUGAGCUUAUGCGCGAUCGGAUAGCCAGCCUUAAGAAGGCGAACGAAGCCGCAACAAAACGUAGACAGCGUAAGAAGAAGCGGAUACAGAAGCAAGGAGUGCUAACAAAGGGAGCUGGAGAAGAUCUACUCGCUCAGCGCGAGGCUGAUCAGCAGAUUGCUUAUGAAGAGCGUCAAGGAGGAGAGCGAUCAGGUGUCAACCGCCAGGCUCUAGCGCGGUGUAGCAGGUGUAGAGAGACUGGCCAUAAUUCGCGUACAUAUAAGAAAGAUGCUUUAGAUAGUGUUUAA